AGAGUAAACAACAACAUUAUGAAAGUUGGGGUUAUGUGGGGCACCUCCCAUGUUUUAUAUUGUUGUCAGUUGUGUACGUUAAAAUGAGCGAAAGGGGAUAAAGGACUCAAACAAUGGACACCCCACAACCCCAUGGGUUCGUGGAAGAAAUAAAGUUCCACGAGCUUCAGUGUCAUGAGGUAGUUGGAAAGGGUGCUUUUGGGGUUGUGAGUAGAGCAAAGUGGCGAGGAAAAGAGGUUGCUGUGAAAUUAAUUGAAACAGAAUCUGAGAGGAAGGCUUUUACUACAGAGCUGAAACAGCUAUCACGAGUUAGUCACCCAAAUAUUGUGAAAUUGUAUGGUGCUUGCAAGGAACCUCCAACGGUUUGUCUAGUCAUGGAGUAUGCGGAGGGUGGAUCCUUGUACAAUGUUCUGCAUGGAGCCGGUCCUCAGCCUACCUACACAGCUGCCCACGCAAUGAGCUGGGCCCUGCAGUGUUCUAAAGGAGUGGAAUACCUGCAUGGAAUGAAACCUAAAGCUCUUAUACACAGAGAUCUAAAACCUCCCAAUCUGCUGUUGAUUAUGGGAGGGACUGUCCUAAAGAUCUGUGACUUUGGCACGGCCUGUGAUAUCCAGACGCACAUGACAAACAACAAGGGGAGUGCAGCAUGGAUGGCUCCUGAGGUCUUUGAAGGCAGCAACUACAGUGAGAAAUGUGACGUGUUCAGCUGGGGUAUCAUUUUCUGGGAGGUCAUUACCAGGAGGAAGCCGUUUGACGAGAUUGGGGGCCCUGCCUUCAGAAUCAUGUGGGCUGUUCACAAUGGGACCAGACCACCUCUCAUAAGGAACCUCCCCAAACCCCUGGAGAUCCUGAUGACCAGAUGUUGGCAUGGUAAUCCGGCAGAGAGACCUUCUAUGGCCGAGGUCUGCAGAAUCAUGACUUACAUGUUCCAGUUUUUCAGUGGGGCAGACAAACCUCUAGAGUAUCCACCUUGCAGCGAGUCCUCAGAUUCGCCAGACUGGACUUUCAGUUCACGCCCCAACAGUAUGGCCUUUAGUUCCCCUUCCUCCACGUACAACACUUCAGCUCCUGCCUCCGAGUCCAGAUCCGACACCCUCAUCAAUCCGGAGUCAUACAUGCAGGGGGACCCUCCCCCUAUCCCACCCAGAGGCAACCCUCCCCCAGUGGUAGAGUACCUGAACGAGGUAGGUAGGGGUCAGAUGAGUGCCCCAGCGUCCUUAGCGGCCAGUCGCGAGAGUCUGGCCGAGGGUCGGGCGGGCACGCCCGUGGAGCAGUACAAGCGAUACUCGGCCGAUCUCACUCGACUCAGCGAGGGAGACAUCCUGACCCAGGGCAGCAAUGGGAGUGGCAGCAGCUCGGGCUCUCACAAAGGACAUCGUAGAACAGGAUCACAUGGCACUUACAUAUUGUUUUCUGGCGGGACUCCCCUCCAUAACGCCACCAUCACAGGGCGAUCUCACCGCCGUGGAGGCUCGGACGAAGUGACCCAGAUCCGGCUCGGGCUGUCCAGCUCCCCCGUCUUUGUCAAUGUAAACCCUUCCCAUCAGCCCUUUGUCACCUCCCCUAGCAACAUUCCGCACGUCAACACUUUCCCCGGAACGCUUCACUCCCCCAGCCACGAAAACACAAUCCCUCAGCGGUCUAUCUCGCACACUCCGCCAGAGGCCGAGCGAGUCACGAACAUCGGGCCGAGACAUCAGUCAUGGACGGCUGAGAUGGGGAUCCUUCCCCUGUUGCCCACCAAUGGCCAGCAGCCAUCCAAUUCUACAGCAAACGACUUUCAGCAUAGUACAGGAACUGGUCUGUCUAAUACAGAUGCCUUUGCAAUGAGUCUGGUUCUACAGUCUCUGGAUCACCAGCUUCAGCCACUAGCUCCCUGUCCCACCAGUGUGGAAUCUAUGGAGAUUUUCCAACAACACUGCAAGUUGGCGGAAGAAUACCUUAAAGUUCAGACCGAGCUUUCACUACUAGUGCAGAGAAAGAAUGACUUGAUAAAAGAGUUUGAACAAGAUGAACACAAUCAAAUGUGUAGUACCCGUUUGGCGGAGGAGUUCAAACAACUGAGGGAGGAAAACGAGAGUCUCACCUUGCUUCACAAAAAUCUGAACCAACAGGUGGAUCAAAUUAGACACGAGCAACAGAAAAGACGCUGACACAACUGUAAUUUGAAAAAAGGUGUUCUUUGAUCUCACGUCAUGUUUGAUGACGUCAUAUAUGUUGCCAACGACUACGUUACUCGAAAACUGUGAAUGGGAAAUGUUACAGCUUUUAUAAUAUUUAAGAAAACUACAAUAGUUUAGCCUUAUGUUUAUUUGAUAAACAAAUGUAUUAAAUAUUGUGAAGUGAGAAAUGUUGGUUUUUAAAGCUCUUUGAAAAAUUUUAUUACUUAAGCUUGUUCUUAGUGUUUUAGAAAACUACAAGUCUUUGAAGACAAUCUUGCUUUUUUCUAGCUUACUGAAAUAUUAUUGUACCUUUAUAUUGUAUAAAUCUAUGCACAAAUAAGGGCAAAUGUGUGGCCAGUGUUACUGUUAAAAUGGAAUAAAUUUAUUGUUUUUCAAGGUACAUUCAAAGGUUGUAAGUUUUGAGGGGAAAACUAUUUUUGUAGCUGUUACAGUUUAAAACGCCAUUUUUAAUUUUUUAAUCUUGUUAACAAGCGAAGAGUUGAUUGUCUGCUUGGAAAGACAAUAAAAGCUGUAUGACCAUGUGCAAUGUAAACAAUAUUUCAUAGCCUUAUAAAAUAAAAUUUUUAAAAAGA